CCCAAACUCCUCCCGCCGCGCCACUCUCGCGGUCGGUCCAGCCUCUCGGCGCGCCCCCCUCCUCGGCCUCCCCCUUCCUCCUUGGCCGCCCAGCCCGGCAGAGCGUCCUGACCUGGUCACGAGGGCCACCCCGGCCCACACUCUCCCCUGCCCUUCCUACCCGGGGGCCAGCCGCUGCCGCGCCUAGCAGGAGCUGGGCAGGGAUGCUCCUGCCCUCCUGGGCGGCUCCAAGCUCUGCCACCUGCUCGCGGGGUAAGAGGACACGCAGAGGAGCCGCUGGCCCGGCCCGUGCCCGCCAGCCCUGACCCAAGCAUGCAAGGCCCGCCCUGCAACCUCCCUGCCGGGCUCAGCCUGGAUGACUUUAUCCCUAGCCACCUCCGGACCCACGUGGGGUCACCCUCUCGGGGGACGCGGGUGCCUGUGAUCCGGAAUGGUGGCUCCAACACCCUUAAUUUCCAGUUCCAUGACCCCGCACCCAGGACUGUGUGCAAUGGCUACACCCCACCCAGGAGGGAAGCUUCCCAGCACCCAGACCCCACAUGGUAUCAGACCUGGCCAGGCCCUGGGAGCCGGCCCUCUGCAAACCUGAAACCCCCUGCCUCCCAGCAUGCCCAGAACUGGUCAGCCACCUGGACCAAGGACAACAGGCGUCGGGACAAGCGAUGGGUGAAGUACGAGGGAAUCGGGCCCGUGGAUGAGAGCGGCAUGCCCAUUGCCCCCAGAUCUAGUGUUGACAGCCCCAGAGACUGGUAUCGGAGAAUGUUCCAGCAGAUUCACCGGAAAAUGCCAGACCUGCAGCUGGACUGGACCUUGGAAGACUCACCCAAAGUGAUUUUCUCACGUGCCUCCUCUGCAGACCCCAGGCAUCCAGGGCCCCAGCAAAGACCCGCCUCCAGGCCUGGCUCUGCAGUGACUUCUAGUGGAUCUUGGUAUCACUCUGAAGAGAAACCUAGAAACACCUUGAACUACCAUCCUGGACCAUCCUCUUUGGGGGUCCAGCCCCCAACUCAGGUGCACAGGCGUCGAGAGAAAGUGGAGGAUGUCUGGACAGAAGAGUCCUGGAACCAGUUUCUGCAAGAACUAGAGACUGGUCAGAAGCCCAAGAAGCCACUGGUGGACGACCCCGUAGAGAAACCCACGCAGCCCAUUGAGGUCCUGCUGGAGAGAGAAUUGGCCCAGUUGAGCGCUGAGCUGGACAAGGAUCUGCGGGCCAUUGAGACCCGGCUGCCAUCUCCCAAGAGCUCGCAGGCGCCCCGACGGACCCCGCAGCAGCCGGAUCCGGAGCAGCAGCCCCAGAGCCGCUUAGCCUCGGCCUGGAGGUCCAGCUCCCCGCAUGCACCUUACCUGGGCUCCUCCCGGCCUCUGAGUCCCCACAGAAUGGCGGAUGGAGGAGGAAGCCCCUUCCUGGGACGGAGAGACUUUGUGUACCCUUCCCCAGCCCGAGAGCUCAGUGCCUCCCAAAGGGGCAGCAGCCCUGCCAGGAAGGAGGAGAAAAAGAAGAAAGCUGCCCGGCUCAAGUUUGACUUCCAGGCCCAAUCCCCCAAGGAGCUGACUCUGCAAAAGGGUGACAUUGUCUACAUCCACAAGGAGGUGGAUAAGAACUGGCUGGAGGGAGAGCAUCAUGGUCGGCUGGGCAUUUUCCCUGCUAACUACGUAGAGGUGCUGCCUGCAGACGAGAUCCCGAAGCCCAUCAAGCCUCCCACCUACCAGGUGGUGGAGUAUGGAGAAGCUGUGGCCCAGUACACCUUCAAGGGGGACCUGGAGGUGGAGCUCUCCUUCCGAAAGGGGGAGCGGAUCUGCCUGAUCCGCAAGGUGAAUGAGAACUGGUACGAGGGGCGCAUCACGGGCACAGGGCGCCAAGGCAUCUUCCCUGCCAGCUAUGUCCAGGUGAGCCGCGAGCCCCGGGUCCGGAUCUGUGACGACGCGCCCCAGCAGCUUCCCUCGUCUCCUCGCCUGCCGGCGGCUGCUCACACGGCCAGUCACCCCAGCUCUUCCUCAGCGCCCUGCAGCCCGGCCGAUCCAACUGACUGGGGGGGCCGGACCUCCCCCCGCCGCAGUGGUUUCACCUUCCCCACCCAGGAGUCGAGACCCCAGGCCCAGAGUCUUAGCACCCCUGGGCCAGCCCUGUCCCACCCUCGAGGCUCCAGCCGUCCCCUGGACCUGGGGACCUCCUCCCCCAACACCACACAGAUACACUGGACUCCGUACCGGGCCAUGUACCAGUACAGGCCCCAGAAUGAGGAUGAACUGGAGCUUCGUGAGGGGGACCGCGUGGAUGUCAUGCAGCAGUGUGAUGACGGCUGGUUUGUGGGUGUCUCACGGAGGACCCAGAAAUUCGGGACAUUCCCUGGAAAUUAUGUAGCCCCAGUGUGAAUGGUCUACAUAGCAACUUGGAGCCGGCAAGGAUGGGUGGGGAGCAGUAGCUCUUCUGGGAGUGAGGCCCUUCCACAUCCUCCUCCCCCCACCAGACCUGCGCUCCCAGCAUCUGCAAGAGACCCCAGCAGCCUUCCUUGGAGCCCCCUGAAGUCCCCAGGACUGAUUCCCACCCACAAGUCACAGACAUUCCUCUGACAGCCCCUUUACCACUCCCCAAAUACAGAAGUGUGCUUUGAAGUGGAGACUGUCUCCAGGCCUUAUUGAAACCAGACCCCCAAAGGGUUCCCCCCUCCACAAUGUUUCCCCUAACAGGGACCAGCUCCCAGCUUCACCCCCUCGGGGUUCCUUUAACAAGGACCAGCCCCUCUCCCUGAUGGAGACCAAAGGCCUCCUCUCCUCUCCCCUGCCAGCCAGUCUGACACCCCUUUUGCCUUCUGGCCUCCAGCUGGACCUGGAAGUGAGGUGGGGGACAGAUGCAGCACCUUGUCAGCUUGAGGGGACUUGUCUCAAGGCCUCCUCUUCUCAGAGUCUGCUGAGCCCUGCGCUGGGGCUCUGCAUGCCCUUCAUCCAGGCUAUGCUGUAGCUGCACUGGCCUCUCCACAGAUAGAUUUUCAGGGGACACACUUGCUGCCCUCCCACCUGCCAGCUCUCCCCAGCACCCAGGACCCCUCUGGAAAAGAAUGUAACAUGAAUCUGGAAAACAGGGA